UCCUAUCCAAUCAAUGGAGACGACGCGGUCGUAGCCCCGCCCCUAAAUAAACCGCCAUCGGGACUCAAAAAGAGGGAAGUGUCUUCCUCGUGUGACAACAAGGUGGCGCUGCUAUGAGCAACAUGGCGGAAGAGUUCAAGGCCGAGCUGCUGGAGACAUCGCAGGAAGACGAGUUGAGUGCGAAGGAAACCUCGUUGAAGUCAGCAGGGGACGUCAUCGUGGAGGGAAAGCGUGCUAAGAAGAGCGUGGACAGACUGGACUUCCAGGCGCCCAAGCAUAAAGAGCUGACGAUCGGCGAGGGAAGCGGCGACAAGCUGGGGGACAUUCCGCGCACCAACUUGCAGAUCAACAAACUGAAGCCCGACGACCUGAAGCCCCUCCACGUCAUCUUGUUUGAGCGGCCGGGGAAGGUUUCCACCGUUAAGAAGAACCUUCGCCUCUUCAAUGGUUUCCCUUUCCCCGCCGGCAGCGAGCAGUACAUCAAAAAGCGGGAAAAACUUCUCAGGGCUUCUCACCUGACCAACGCCAAGCUGAAGGUCAUCUGUAGCAUCUUGGAUCUGGAGAAGAAAGGGACGCACUCAGAUAUGGUGGACCGGAUCCUGACGUACCUGAUCUCGCCCAAGAACAGCGGCAAGCAGCUUCCCGCCAAGAAGAAGAAGAGGUCCAAGAAGAAUGUGUCGGCCGUCAAGUCCGCCGCCAAGGGCAAGAAGAGCGACGCCAAGGCGGUACGCUCCUCGUCCAGCCCCAAGAAGUCCAGAGCGGGGAGCAAGUCCAAGGCCACCGUCAUGGACUCCAGCACCGACGACGAGGAGCAUGACGAGGAGGAGAAGGCGGCGGCGGCGGCGGGGGAAAAGUCCUCGGAAAAAGAGGAAGAGUCGUCGGAAAAAGAGGAAGAGCUGUCGGAAAAGGACGAAGAGUCGUCGGAAAAAGACAAGGAGUCGUCUGAGCAGUCCGUAGAUGAGGAGGAAGAUGAAGAGGUGAAAAAGCCUAAGAAGCGUUCCCGAACGCCGGCCAAGAAAACGCCCCCUCCCAGAAAGCGUUUCAAGGCGGGCGUCUCCGAUGACGACCUGGACAGCGAGGAUGUGGAGAAGGAGAAGAAGAAACCCGCCGCCAGGACCAAGAAGGCCGACAGCAGCAGCAGGAACACCAACACAGACGACACGUCGGACGAGGACGAGCCGCUCAGCAGGAUGGUCAGACGAGCGCCGAGUGACAAGCAGCUGAAGGAGACUGUGCACGCUCUUCUGAAGGACGCCGACCUGGAGGAGAUGACCAUGAAGCAAAUCUGCCAAAGGGUGUUUGACACGUAUGCUGAUCACGACCUGAGCGGCAGGAAAAACUUCAUCAAGCAGUCGGUCAAGUCCCUCAUCACAUGAAGAGUGGACGUGAUUUACAGUUAUGGUUCAUCGUGAAGACAUUUGUACACUUCCUUUCUUUCAUGUUUAAUUAAAAUCUUUCAACUAAAA